GCAGGCUGUGACAAUGUGCUCUGGUUUAUCCGGUUAGCUUUAUUGCAGCAAUAUUCAUGGUGUGCUUUGGUUUUGUUUUCUGGUUACUCUACCCGAGAAAGAAGAAGAUAACUAUAGUGGGAUAAAAGUGAGAAGGAGAUCAGAAGAAGAGUACUUGGGCUUCAAAGUUCUAAAGAGCGAGAAAAAAAUGGCUACGGGUGUCCUUACACUGGUACAGAAACUAGGCUCCCUAGUAACAGAUGAAGUCAAUUAUCUCUUAGAAGUGAAGCCAGAAGUGGAAUCACUCCACAACGAACUCAUGCUGAUGACUGCCUAUUUGAAAGACGCAGAUGCAAUGCACAACAAAUGCGAGCGAGUAAAAGAGUGGGUGAGACAACUCAGAGAGUUGGCCUUCCAGGCAGAAGACGCCAUUGAUGUCUUUGUAUACCAAGUGAUGCAGAAACGACGGGAUGGUUUUGUUUGGAAGUUCACCAAGUACCCAAAACUUCUUAUUGAUGCUCACAAUCUAAGACGGAAAAUCGAAGAUAUCAAAGUAAAGAUCCAGAAACUUUCAGAUCUCAAACCGACUUUGGAAAUUCAUCCUUUUGAGGAAGGUAAUUCAUCUGCUCAAGCACAUCAACUUGGUACUUCGGGUGACAAAAACUUUCCAUACAUAGAUGUCGUGGGGUUACAAAGCGAAGCAGAGGAGCUAGCGAAUUUGCUGAUGCAAGAGGCACCCCUUGGACGGUUCAGUGUUGUUUCAAUUACAGGCAUGGGUGGAUUGGGGAAAACCACACUUGCUCGAAAAAUCUACAACAGAGGUGAUGUGAAAAGACACUUUGAUUGUCAAGCUUGGGUUUAUAUAUCAAAAGAAUACAAAAUGAGAGAUGUUUUGUACAAAAUCAUAGAACAAGUUAUGGUGCUCUCAGAAGCAGAGAAAGUGGCAUUGGCAUCAAUGGAGGCUGGGGUUUUGGAGACAAGGCUUUCUGAUUUUCUCAAAGAGAAGAAGAACUAUCUGUUCGUAUUAGACGACAUAUGGGCAACAGAAGAUUGGGAUAGACUUAAAGGCAGCUUCCCGGUUCCACGCAAUAAUCAGCAAUGCAGAGUGUUACUGACGACGCGUGAUGAAGGUGUAGCCCGAUAUGCCGACCCCAUUGCUUCUCCACACAAGCUACAACUUUUGGAUGAAGACAAGAGUUUGGAACUCUUCUUGCAGGUGAUCUUCAAAUCCCCAGUUGAUAGAGAUGCAGAAGCGAGUCUCAACGAGGAGAUGAAAGAUCUGGCAAAGAAAAUGGUUGCCAAAUGUGAUAGAUUACCGCUAGCUAUUGUAGUGUUGGGAGGCCUUUUAUCAACAAGAAGGCGGACUGUUGUUGCAUGGAAGAAUGUGGUCGAUAGUGUGAAUUGGUAUCUAGACUCAAGUAAUUGUCAUAAGGCAUUAGCUCUGAGUUAUGUCGAAUUACCUAGUCACUUGAAGCCUUGCUUUCUUUAUUUUGGACUUCUUCCAGAAGAUACUGAGAUCCAGAGGGAAAGAAUGAUUCGGCUAUGGGUUGCAGAGGGAUUUUUGGAACCUAGAGGGAAUUUAAGAAUGGAAGAUGUGGGCGGAGAGUGCCUUGAGGAGCUUAUGCAGAGGAAUUUAAUCCAAGUUGCGAAGUGGAAAUCAAAUGGGGAACCUGAGUCAUUUAUUCUUCAUGAUCUCCUCUUGAACUUGGCGACAUCAGAAGCCAGGAAAGGUGACUGGAUAAAGGGUGGCCUCGAAAUGUUGAAAGGUCUCAGGGAACUACGCGUACUAGGAGGUGAGGAUGGACUCAUGGACAUAUUUGGAGAGGCAUUGUACCGGGCACUAGCCAAUUUGGUUAGCCUUGAGGUCCUAUACUUGCAAGAUUAUGGAAUCGGCGGACUUCUCCCUUCAUUUUCAGGCCAUGCACAUCUCUAUGAAAUCAACAUUGUUGGAUGCAUAAAUGAGCUACCUGGCCUUCCAUGGAGUCUCACUAAGCUGCGACUCGCUUGCACACAUUUAAUGGAAGACAUGAUGGUGACACUGGAGAAGCUUCCCAAUUUAAAGGAGCUGAUAUUAGAUUGGCACCCAUAUGAAGGAGUAGUGAUGAGAUGCUCUGCAACAGGCUUUCCUAAACUCGAGAAUUUGACACUUCUUUACUUUGAUUGGCUAAAGUAUUGGGUAGUGGAGGAAGGAGCAAUGCCUAAUUUGAGGAUAUUGGAAAUGAAUCGCCUGUUUGGGUUAAAAUGGGUUCCCGGCGGGUUGAAGCACAUCACAACACUACAGAAACUUACAUUGGUUAUGCCAAAGGAGUUCCUUGAGAGGAUUAAAGAAGGUGGAGAGGACUGGCAGAAGAUCAAACAUAUACCUUCCAUCAUUCCAUGGGAAGUAGAGAUCCCAGAAAUCAAUGCCCAACACCUUGAUGACAUGGAAAAUAGAUGGUUCACACGUACUGGAGAGGUAAUCCCUGAUGACCAUUAGAUGAAAAUUUCAUCCAUUCAACCGGCAUUGCCUCUCUCUCUCUCUCUCUCUCUCUCUUCUCUCUUCUCUAUGUGUGAUGUAAUAUAUAGCUUUGAAGAGAUCAAAACUCCUUACUGUUGGCCGUGUCAUUGUCUAUAUCUUAUAUGAGAAAAUGUUGGGUAUGCUGUCGAUAUCAAGUAUGUUAGCACCCAUUGUGUUUAUCUCUCUCUUCCCUUUUUUUUUAAAUGACCCUCAUAUUCUCCCUGAAUGAUAUUCCAUCAUGUGAUCCUACUGGUGCUAUCCACUAGCAUAUUUGAUAUUGAUAUCGGUAGCAUAUCUAUCUUUCUCCCAUCUUAUAUCCUAGAAAUAAAGAAUUUAAUUUCUCAAGCUA